AUGGCGGCUCCUGCUAAUCUGUAUCCCGGACUCAACGAAGUCUCCGAUGUGCUGGAGGAAAUGCCUCUGGAGGUUUCUCGGUACCUCACGCUGCUACGAGAGAUCGACGCCAAAUGCGUGCACACGGUUCCAGAGCUGAACGGCACCAUUGAGGAGUUUUUCCGUGAAGAAUCAGGCAUGAAACCACUCCAGAAGAUGAACGGUCUGUUCCAGGACCUAAUGCCCUCGUUAGAAGAGAAGAUGCACGUCUCUGCGCUUGCAUAUGAGUCCUUGAGUCGUCUUACUGGGCGCUUGGAAUUGGCGUACGAAGUCGCCAUCAAAAACUCCGAGAUUCCUGCUAAUCUCAGGCUCGGCAAUGACAACCAUCCGGCGAUGCACCUGCACCACGAACUGAUGUCCAAAAUCGAAUCCAAGUCCAACAGCAAGUCGUCUCAGGCUUUGAAGAGUGAGUCUCGCCGAGAAGCCAUGGCAGCUCGGAGAACUGGUCCGGCAGGUCCGCUGCCGCCGAUUCACGCUAGUGGUAACCCGAACGAUCACCAUGCGGGACCACAACCUACUAUUGACGGACGCAAGAGAAGGGCGAUGGCUGCCCCGGUUGUCAGCACCAGCCAGACUACCAACCCCGUGCCACAAACUUCAACAGUAAAUGCUGGGUCUACGAGUCCCAAUCCAAGCUCUUCCGAGCUCAAGAAACGCAAACGCAAGCUAAACACCAAGGAGGACUAUUCUCAAAGACCCAAGACCAAUGAAUAUGGCGAAGCGCUUUACUGUUACUGCAACCAGGUUGCCUAUGGUGAAAUGGUUGGCUGUGACGGAGACAGCUGCAUUCUAGAGUGGUUCCACUUGCCCUGUAUUGGGCUGGAAACUUUGCCAAAAGGGAAGUGGUACUGCAAUGAUUGCAAAAGAGCCCUGUAG